AUGGCGUCUCUGCUGCGGCGGGCAAUUGCUGGGCCCCCCACUCCGGCAGCUGCGCCACCAGCGAAGCCUGCAACAGCAGCAGCAGGGGCAGCAGCAAAGCCAGCGCCAAAGCAAGCAGCAGGUGGUGCUAAAGGGAAGAAACCUCUAACAUUGAAAGAAAGACAGCUGCAGCAGCAACAGCUGCGAGAAAGGCUGCUGCAGCAGCAGAAGCAGCAGCAAGGGAAGCCCUUUGUAGCCCCCAAACUAAAAACGAAAUUUGUCUCCCAAGUUAAAAAACCCGUUGCUGCGCUGGAUGCUGCAGCAGCAAAACCAGCAGCAGCAGCAGGUGCACCAGCAAAACCAGCAGCAGAAACAGGUGCAGCACCAAAGCCAGCAGCAGCAGAAGGUGCAGCAGCAAAACCAGCAGCAGCAGAAGGUGCAGCGGCAAAACCAGCAGCAGCAGCAGGUGCAGCGGCAAAGCCAGCAACAGCAGCAGGUGCAGCGGCAAAACCAGCAGCAGCAGUAGGUGCAGCGGCAAAGCCAGCAGCAGCAGUAGGUGCAGCGGCAAAACCAGUAGCACCAGUAGGUGCAGCAGCAAAGCCAGCAGCACCAGUAGGUGCAGCAGCAAAGCCAGCAGCAGCAGGUGCAGCAGCAGCAAAGCAGGAGAUCCCCGGGGCAGCAGCAAAAGGGGCACCAACAGCAUCAGCAGCAACAGGGAUCCCUAAAGACUCACCAGCAGCAAAGGGGGCCCUGGGGGCCCCUCCACCCCCAAAGGUCCCCCCUGCCCUCCUCACUAUCAAACCCAAAGCACCCCCGGGGGCCCCAGGGGCCCCAGGAGCCCCAGGGGCCCCGGCCGCGAAGAAGGAGACCCCUAAAGAGACCCCUAAAUUGGUGCCGAAGACUGCAGCAGCAAAACCAGGAGCGGCAGCUUCUGCAGCAAAACCACCAGCAGCAGAAACAAAGCCAGCAGCAAAACUAGCGACAAAACCAGCAGCAAAACCAGCAGCAGCACCAGCAGGAAAGCCAGCACCUAGGAAGACGCUCGCCGAGCUGCUGGCAGCAGAUAAGACAGGCGCUGCUCCUACAAAGGCAGCAGCAGAGCAGCAAGACGCAAAGGGGGGCCCCACUGGGGGGCCCCCCAAAGACAGGCCAGGGGGGGGCGUUGGUUCUAAAGCAGCAGCUGCUGGUACUGAAGAAGCAGCAGCAGCAGCAGACGCCAUUGCAGAUUUCGCUGCUGCAAACCCGGAAGACUUUGCUGCUGCUCUUGGUGCUGCUGCUGCUAAGAAGGCAGAAACUAUAGCUAAAAUAAAACAACAAAACCCUGAUAUACCGGAUGCAGCUCUCGCAACAGCCCUGAAGAAACUCCCCGCUGCUGAAGCUGCCUUUGUAUCCCUGCGCAUUUUUCUGGGAGAGCGGUGGCACCAAGAACGCCGGCGUUUUCUUGCUGCUGGCUCUGCUGCUCGUGCUGGUGGUGCUGCUGCUCCUGCUGCUGGUGCUGCCGCUGCUGCUGCCAAGCCCUCAGAAGCGCGCACUGCACUAAAGAGUUCUUCCAGCGCUUCAGGGGGCCCCCCCACAAAGGACGCCUCUGGGGCUCCCAAACCCUCUGGGGGCCCCGUGGGGGGCCCCAAACCCUCUGGGGAGGCCCCUGGGGCCCCCCAACCCUCUGGGGGGGCCCCAGGGGCCCCUAAGGCUGAGGAGGAGCCGCUGAGUUCAGAAAGCGUUGUGAAGAUGGCGAUGAAUGCUCUGCCUAAGAUAUCGGAUGCGAAGGGAUGGCAGGAAGCAGCAGAUAUCUAUGCAGGCAGUUUGUGCGCAGAGUGCAGUCGCGCUGCGGCGGAGGUGAUACAGGAGUGGCGAACUGCACAGCCAGCAGAAUUUGAUAAGGCCCUGGGAAAAGACUUAAUCGAUGCAGAGACGAACAAACUGAAACAGCAGCAGCAGCAGCAGCAGCAGCAGCAGCAACAGCAGCAGCAGCAGCAGCAGCAACAGCAGCAGCAACAGCAACAGCAACAGCAACAGCAGCAUCAGCAACAGCAGCAGCAGCAGCAGCAGGCGGGGAAGCAACAGGUUCAGCCAAAGGGAGAGCAGCAGCAACAGCAGGAGCAGGAACAACAGGCAGGGGAGGAAGCGAAACAGAAACAGCAGCAACAGCAGCAAGAACAGCAACAGCAACAGCAGCCGCACGAUUUAUCAUCUUUGGGCUUCUUGCGUUCUCUAUGCGGCGGUGUGCCGAGGGAAUUGAAGGAAAAGAUCAACAAAAAGAAUUUAAGAGACUCCAAAAAAACACUUCUCAUCCUGCAGGACGCAUUAGACAUGGAGCGUUUGCAGCUGCUGCUGCCUCUGUUGAUUUCUAGUUGCCGCUAUUUGGCUCUGCUGCUGCUGACUGCCCGGAAGCAGCAGGAGAUACAAGCAGCAGCAGCGCAAAAACGGCGGCAGGAGCAGCAGCAGCAUGAGGCAGCAGCAGCGAAGAAGACUGCAGCAGGAAGAGGAGGGCGAUUAGGAACAGCAGCAACAGCAGCAAAGAAGGCAACAACCCCUACAUUCUUACAGCGAAGCGUCCCUGGAUUUCUUUCGCGAGCAGCGGCGGCAGCAGCAGCAGCAAAGACACCAGCAAAACCCGUAGAACCGGGGCUGCUGCAGCUGCGGCUGUUUGCUGCUGAGGUGUACAGACACCUCAAGCUCUUCCCUUCUUUCCUUAUCGUCGGCGCUGCUAGAGGCGCUCUAAGUGCGCUGAUAUAA